GAGAUACACAUUCAUCAAAGAUGGAUGUGCGAUAGAUGACACCGUGGAGUUCAUUCCAACAGUUGACGAAAGGAUGCAGCGGUAUAAAGUGGAAGCGUUCAGUUUCGUGGGUGAUCACCCGUUUGUGUACAUGCACUGCAAGGUCAAGAUAUGUAACGCAACAGAUCCUAACUCACGCUGCGCGCAGGGAUGUCUGCAUGACCGGCGUAAGAGGUCGCUGUAUAGUGAAGAGACAAAUGACGAGGAGUAUAAUUUGGACCAGGGACCAUUCAUUCUUUCAGACGAGGGAAAUGAUGAAACAAAGGCCCUGGAAACUCUGACUGAAGUGCGUGAUGUGGAGAAAAGUGGUCAGUUUACCAGCCUUAUUGCCGCCAUGGCUGUGGUAGCUGCCGUUUGCCUUGUGGGGAUUUCGUACUUUGCCUGGGACAAGAAGAAACGAAGCGCUGCGCGUGGUUACCAGCUACUCCGUGUCGCCACUGAAAAUUAGCAGCAACUCAGCAGUGAUUCGCCAGCAAGCUUUCUGUAACGGGCUUUCUGUAGCUGUUAGUAGUUGUAAAGUAAACUUGCGUGGAAGAUGCUGUCUUGAAUAGAUUUGUUUUCAUUUGUUACUAAUAUCGCUUUUUUAUGACUCUAAUAGCGAUAAUAACAAUAAUAAUGUUUUAGUAUAAAUCUACCAACGUUCUAUUACGACUGCUGCUCUCUGAUUGGCUACGCUACUCACUAUCUUUUCUGUUGUAGAUGGUGAGUAGCCUAGCAGUGUGCGCUUGUUAACAAACUGGCAGCCCCUUAAUCCUUUACGUUUUCCAAAUAUCUGUGAAGAGGAUCAGCAUCUAGAAAAAGUUUUGAACGACUAGUAGAUUUAUAGUAAAACAAUUAGAUUAUUCGCUCUCGAUUUCUAUGGUGAUAGUUGACUCGGGCUGCGACCUCGUCAAUAAACCAUUUUACAGUUGUCUCUUCAGUUACUUGGCUUUGAAUGGCAACGAGGCUGUAGAUGACCUUGUUUUGAUAAAGACCUCACUGCUUUUGUUGUGCAAAUCAAGUUGUUCUUAUGCGAACUCAGCAUUUAAAUUAGAAAAGCAAAGAGUUCUGUAUCAAAGCAAUGUCAUCUCCAACCUCGCUUGCAUUUACAGGUCAGGUAACUAAGCACACAACUGUAAAAAGGCCUAUUACCGCGCGAUAGAAAUCUCGACGGCUCAUAAUUAACGAAUAAGUUUUGUGUUUGCGCAGAAAAAUUUAACUUGUAACACUAAUAAGGUUUUCAAUACGUUUAGAGAUGCAUCUCUGGAAAUGGAAACUUGUAAACAGGAGUUCUUUGUAUCAAGGCAAUAAAAUACUUUUCAGUUAA